AUGGGUGCUAAGACUAGCAGCAUAGUUGCUUCUUAAAGCAUAUAUAAGAAGAUGCUAAUAAUUGGAGGCUGUGAAUUAUCUCUUGAAAGAAACCCACAUGAUACUGUUGAAGUUCUCGAUGAUUAGAAUAAAGUCGAAUAUUUGGGCUAGAAUAGUUUAUUACCUGUAAGAGGUCCAAUGGCUCACAUUUAUAACAAUAAAAUUUACCUUUUUGGAGGUUGUACAGGGCCUAAAUAGCACAUUGAUACCAUUUAGAUCUAUGAUCUACUUUUAAAUUAGUGGUCUAUAGCUCCAUUUAAGAUGAUAAAUGGAAGAUCAUGCUUUAUGUUAUCAAAUAUAGAAUCAGAGGUAUAUAUUCUAGGUGGAUAUAAUGGAUAUGAAUGCUUGAGAGAAGUUGAAAAAAUUGAUUUAUCUCAAGAUAAUCCCCAGUCAGUAAUACUUAAAAAUCUUUAUCAUCCUGUUAAAAAUGGUUAUAGCUUUUAUGAUCCUAUUAAGCAAAUCAUUUAUAUUAUUGGAGGAUGGGAUGAAAAGGAAACAUAAGAUAAAAUUUUUAGUUAUAACCCAAAGACAUAAGAAAUGGCAUUUGUAAGUUAUUUGCCACACAAAGUGGAGGGUCAUUCAUUAGUCUAGAUCGAUAAUUUUCUUUAUAUCUUUGGGGGCUUUGACGGUUAUAGUGUGACUGACACCAUUAUAAGAGUAGAUUUAAAAUAUAUGACCUCUGAGGUUGUACAAGGCUGUAAACUUAAAUAUAAAAGGGAAAAUUCUACAAGUUAAAUUCUCAAUGGUAAUACCAUAAUUGUAGCUGGAGGUUGGAAUGGCAAUUCAUCUAUGGAUAGCAUGGAAGUAUUUAAAUAUGAUUUUGAUAAAAAGACCCUUUCAAGAGAAGACAAUAUCGAUGAAAAUCUUGUUAAGCUCUAGAGCAUUAGAAAUAGACCUUGCUCAGUGGCUUUGUGA